GAUAAUGUCAAAACGGAUAAUGUAAACAUAUUGCUGGCAAAAUUAUCCCAGAAGGACCGAUUUGUAUCAGCGUAUUUGCGUAGAAAAAGUGUUUAUUGAAACUAAGAAACGAUGGUUGAACCAACGGAGCAUCUGUUGGCACUGAAAGUGAUGCGCCUUACACGGCCCACAUUGAUCAGUCCGCAGAUAUUGACGGCUGAGCCGAAAGAUGUACCACAGUAUUCGUUUCAAAAGAUUCUACACAGCGAUGCUACGUCCGUUGCCGGCUGUGAAACGAUAGCAGCUGGACAGUUUAUGCUUUUGCCGCAGAGCUUCGGCAACAUCUACCUUGGGGAAACGUUCUCGAGCUACGUGUGCGUUCACAACUGUCGGGCACAUCCCGUCUCGAACGUGUCGGUAAAAGCUGACCUGCAGUCGAACAACAGUCGCGUCAGUCUUCCGAUUCAUGCAGACAAGACGGGUCCGGUAACGUUGAAUCCGGAGGAAACGCUGGACGAUGUAAUUCAUCAUGAGGUGAAAGAAAUUGGAACACACAUAUUGGUUUGCGAGGUUUCUUACAUGACACCAGCCGGAUUGGAAACGUCGUUUCGGAAGUUCUUCAAAUUUCAGGUGGUCAAACCGCUGGACGUAAAGACGAAGUUUUACAACGCUGAAACGGACGAUGUAUAUCUUGAGGCACAGAUACAGAACAUCACGGUAGGACCAAUCUGUCUCGAAAAGGUUGAGCUAGAAAGUUCCGAACAGUAUACGGUCAUUUCGUUGAACGCGUUACCGUCCGGUGAAUCUGUGUUUUCCUCGAAAACGAUGCUACAACCCCAGAAUAGCUGCCAGUUUCUCUACUGUAUUCGACCUAUUCCGGAGAUUGCACGUGAUCCGAGUGCAUUGAAGGCGGCAAACAAUAUAGGCAAACUGGAUAUUGUGUGGCGUUCCAAUUUAGGCGAAAGAGGACGCUUGCAAACGAGCCAGCUACAGCGCUGUGCACUGGAAUACAGUGAUCUUCGGCUGAAUAUCAUCGAAGCAAACAGUACUGUGCGAAUCGGUGAGGGAUUUAACUUCCGAUGUCGGGUGACAAACACCAGCGAACGAUCGAUGGAUUUGCUGAUGAGCCUUAACACGAAGGCCAAACCAGGCUGUGGCUACACCGGAGUCACCGAGUUUGCGCUCGGUGCGAUUGAGCCGGGUCAGAUGAAAGAAUUCCCACUGACCGUGUGCCCGGUACGGUUGGGAUUGAUUGUGAUUUCCGCGCUGCAGCUGACAGACGUGUUCACGAAGCGCAAGUAUGAGUUCGAUAACUUUCUGCAGGUGUUUGUUGUGGACGAGGACUAUCGGGAGGAUAGUGCUCAGCUGGAUAAGUACGUUCGAUACAGCAGCAGCACUAGCACCAACAGCAAAAACAUUCCGCAAACCGUUUAGUUUUUCGCGAAAUAAAGCGAAAAGUUACCCCGUCACUACAUGAUUAGCAAUUGUCGCGUUUGCGAACGCGAUUGAUUUAAACAAAGAAAAUUAUAAUAAGUAAUACAUUUAUUGUUUUGAUGAA